CGGCGGGCGGCGCACCCGGCGGCCUCUGCGCUCGAGCGGUCGAGCCUGACCCGCACCCGCAGAGAAUCGCUCAGCUACGGCCCCGGGCCCGGGGCGGGUAGGAGGAGGCCGCAGUGGCCGGCGCUGGGAUGUCGAGGAGCUCGAAGGCGGUGCUGGGCCUCUCGGUGGUGCUGACGGCGGCCACCGUGGCCGGCGUGCAUCUGAAGCAGCGGCAGGACCGGCAGAGGCUUCAUGAUGGAGUGAUCAGAGACAUUGAGAGACAAAAUCGGAAAAAAGAAAACAUUCGUCUUUUGGGAGAACAGAUUAUUUUGACUGAGCAACUUGAAGCAGAAAGAGAGAAGAUGUUAUUGGCAAAAGGAUCUCAAAAAACAUGACUUGAAAUGGAUGUCAAAUAUUGAUGGGACAGUGUCAAGUGGGGGUGUGCGAGUGUGGAUAGAGAAUAGCUUAGCGAGGUCUUCAACAUUUUUUUGGUGACUGUCUUUUCCAGCUUGACCAAAGAAAAGGACAGUGGACCAUAUAUUCUAAAUUACUGCUUUAAAAGUCCCUUCUGAGUCAAGAAGCAGGCAGACACUCUUCUGAAGAAUUUUGUCUGUGUGGUCCUGGUAGAAGCCCCGGUAAGCUUGGUGUCUAGAGCUUAGGAUAGUUAGUGAAAAGCACUUUGGAGCUGUGAGAGGAAGGGAUGGAUAGUAACAUCCACCUGAGUAGUUUGAUAAGCCGGCACGAUGAUGAAGCCACG